AUGGCUACCCAAAACCCAACUGUCUCUGCACAAAACCUCCGCGAUGCCGACGACGUAGAUGACCUUCUCUGCUCAGGAAUCGCCGCCGCCGUAGCCGACGGAGAUGCGAAUCACAGUCAUUCCUUAGAAGAAGAAGAAGAAGUUCAGUCCUCUAGUUUGGUUCGCCCGAAUGGGUACUUGCGUGGAGAGGCGUGGAUUGAGAGAGCGUGGACUCACUGGAAAAAAAUUGGACAGCCGAAACUCAUUGUUGCACCUAUGGUCGACAACUCGGAGCUUCCUUUUCGUAUGCUCUGUCGUAAGUACGGCGCUGAAGCUGCUUAUACCCCUAUGCUACACUCGCGUAUUUUCAACGAAGACGAGAAGUAUCGCUCUGUAGAAUUUACUACCUGCAAGGAGGAUCGCCCACUUUUUGUUCAGUUCUGUGCGAAUGACCCAGACACUUUGCUGGAAGCAGCCCGGAGAGUAGAACCUUAUUGUGAUUAUGUGGACAUCAACUUAGGGUGUCCCCAGCGUAUUGCAAAGCGGGGGAACUAUGGAGCUUUCCUCAUGGAUAAUCUUUCAGUUGUUAGGGCUCUGGUAGAAAAAUUGGCUCAAAAUCUUAGCGUUCCUGUUUCAUGCAAAAUCCGUGUCUUCCCUGAUUUGCAAGAUACCAUCAAUUAUGCCAAGAUGUUGGAGGAAGCUGGUUGUGCUCUUUUAGCAGUGCAUGGACGAACAAGAGAUGAAAAAGAUGGGAAGAAAUUUCGAGCCAACUGGCCUUUCAUCAAGGCUGUUAGAGAUUCAGUGAGAAUUCCUGUCCUUGCUAAUGGGAAUAUACGUCAUAUGGAUGAUGUACAAAAUUGUUUGGAAGAGACUGGUGCAGAUGGGGUACUUUCAGCUGAGACUCUUCUUGAGAAUCCAGCCCUUUUUGCUGGAUAUUUGACUACUGAAUGGGCAUCUGUGAGUAAUGGAACCAUGGAAGAUGGACAGUUAGACCAGGCUGAGUUAUUAGUGGAGUAUUUGAAGUUUUGCGAGAGAUAUCCUGUGCCAUGGAGAAUUAUUCGGUCUCAUGUGCACAAGAUGUUGGGAGAGUGGUUCAGAAUCCAUCCAGAUGUAAGAGAGGAUCUAAAUAAACAAUCAAAACUGACAUUUGAGUUUCUACAUGGCUUGGUAAAUCGACUAAGGGAACUCGGCGUGAGGAUACCCCUGUUUUUGAAGAAACCCCACAAAGAAUGCUUACAAGUGGAGUAGAGACACGAAAAAAUUGGUUUUCUACAUGCCUUGUUCCAUGACCCAUUUUUUCUUGAUGUCAACAAUAUAGAAGCUGGAAUCUGCAGCACCAGAUUACAGCAAGGUUUGAUCUAAUUAUCAAAUUCACUACUUGGUUACUCGAUUUGAACUUGUUCAUUCAUUCUGAGAAUUGUACGGUUGAUGUUGUUUAAAACAUUGUGAAAUUACACAUUUGGAGUAUAUACAUACAUCCAUGGGUAAGAAGCAAGCUUUCUCAAGUAUACUAUGUCAAGAAAGUUUACAUUGCACUACUAGAUUUGAAAUUAAUUAUUUCUCUUGUAACCCAUAUAUUUUGUUGUAACAUUUGCUUCUUUGUAACCCCAAGAAACACUGCAAUCUUGAUAAUUUCAGCCCGCAACACACUGUUCAGAGAGCUCUGAAUUGGGAUAAUGAAUUGAAGUGUGUGGUGGAAAGGUCUGAGUGGCAUGAAUGCGUCCAAGAGUGCUUUGUCUUGGGAUCUUAUGGUGCCAUAUUGCCAUCAUCAGUACGCAUAAAAGAGAUCAUGAUGUAAUGGGGGUCCUUCGCAGUCUCUUCUGCGUCCUACCUCCAUGUGAGGAUGUGGAGCCUCCCUCCUCUCCCUGUUAUACAGCUCUAAAGGUCAGGUGCUUCCAAAUUCUUGUGUGUGAUGCUGGAAAGAUUUGGGGUAACUUAGCUCUGCCUCUGGAUACUGCAGAUAAUAUCCAUAGGAUUGCUUUCUGCUAAUUUUACGGAUCUCAUUCUUAGUUCUUAACUAAUUAUAUAGUUUUUGCUGCAAUGGGACAGGUUAACUACUAGUCUACUACUUCUACAAUUGGACAAUAUAUAUUUAUUGAUGUAACAUGUGUUGUAUUUGAAACAAAUACUCAUUGGUCCCCCUAGAGUUACACGUGAAUUGGUGGUACUAAUGCUUCAAUUUUUAUUUUAUUUUA